AUGAGAUUUCAUAAUAACAUGGUAUCGCAAAUUGAGAGAGAUGAAAGCCUUCAAGGAUGGAUGAAGCAAGAACUUCUUGGUGUCAUAGAAUCUUCAUGGGUAAUGAAACGAACUGAGCUUCUGAAAGUGAAAGUUAAAGAACUGGUCGUGAAAGAACAAAUUGUCUUUGAGAUUGGAGAAGGAAAAAAUAUCAUGAGAAAUCUUGAUGAAGUCGAGAAGGCUCAUUUCGAUGUCAAACGUGGAUAUGAGAAUUUUUGUUCCGAUCUUGAUAGGAAUCAAGGUAAAAGAGAAGUUCUUGAAAAAAAAUUUGAUGCAGUUUUCAGCAAUUUGAAACAAUGUCAAGGCAAACUCCACAAAUCUUUAGAGUCAUUACACGUUUCAACUCAUAACGUGGACAAGCCAGAUGGAGACAAAAAAAAGAGUGUUAUAUAUGACGAGCUAUCCGAUGGCGAAAUUGAAAACAUCGCUAAAGACAUAAAAACUGAAUAUGAAAGUAAUUAA